GUAAAUCGCUAAGCAAAAAAUUUGUACUCACGUGACGUUCUAAAAUUUUUAACUGACUUGCUUUGCCUGUGUUUAUCUCUCAUUAUUCUACUUCAGAAUUUGAAUCUGAUUUCAUUUCGUUUGUGUAUUAGUUUUAAUAAAAUCUAUCAAAAAUGCGAAGUAGUAUGAAAUGUAUCAGAUAUGUGCUGUUCGUAUUUAAUUUGGUAUUUGUGAUAUGUGGACUCGUGUUGAUCGUAAUUGGGGCUGUUGCGACCAAAAGGGAUCUGACAGAAUUCAUGGAUAACAAAUAUUUAUCACUACCUUACAUUCUUAUUGCCGUAGGUUGCGGUAUAUUUGUGAUAGCCUUCUUCGGAUGCUGUGGUGCUUUGAAAUAUAACCAUUUUAUGGUGACGAUCUAUGGACUACUCAUACUUCUCAUAAUGGUUGUUGAGGUUGCUGGUGGGAUUACAGCAUAUCUACACAAAGGAGAAGUUGAAGAUUUUCUUAAAUCAAGCAUGAAUGAAAGUCUGGCCCAACAAAGGAAAGAUUCUAUGAAAAUUUGGGAUCAAAUGCAAUCAAAACUACAAUGCUGUGGUAUUGAAAGCGCUAAUGAUUAUUCUAAACUAAAGCUCAAAGUUCCUAACAGCUGUUGCAAGGGCAACAAAGAUUGCAGUCCAGAAUCGGCUUGGAAAAUGGGUUGCUAUCCUCAAAUGUUUGAGAUUGCCAAGGAAUCUAUUGAAAUUAUUGGUGGCGUUGCAAUAGGUAUUGCUGUUAUUGAGCUACUAGGAUGCAUGUUUGCUUGGUGCUUAGCGCAUGCAAUCAAGAAAGAUGAUGAAAGACGGUAAAUUGUGCAUUCAAAUGUCCAUUAAGCCCACUAUGAUUAUUUAUCCUUCACUCAUAAACUCAUCUAUACAUUCCUUGUUAUAUUUGUUUGACAGAAAAAUUUAUGAACUUCUUAUAUUAUUCAAUUGUUUGAAAUAGUGGGUGCUUCAGUAUUCAGCAAUAUUUCCACACAAAAGCUAAAACUUUCUCCUUUUUUUUUAUUAAAUAAAGAGAUAAUUAGAUGCAGAAGCCUUUUCUCGAUAAUGCAUAUAACUUCAUUUUAAUUAUGGUUAAAAUUGAAUUAGCACUUUUUAAAGUUCAUUUUAUUGAAGAAUGUUCUAUUUGAUUUAUUAACAAAUAUUUAAUAAAAAAUUGACUUUAAUUUAAAACUAAACCAGAUAGUAUUCUCAAGGGCAUCACUGACAAAAAGAAAAUGCUUUAGAUACCCGCUAUCUCCUUCAGCUGAAGCAUUGUUUUUUAAUAAACAAAAUUUAUAUGAGAAUUGUCUACAUAAAUUGUUUGAAUUUUUUGUGGUUUUUCAACUUUUAGUUACGCAUGUCCAAGAUAGUUUAAGAACAUUUAGAAUUUAUAUAUAAUUCUUAGAUUUCAUUUAAUAACUUUACAAUAGUCUAAAUCUUUUUUCAGUGCCAAACAUUUCUAACACUUUUGAGGACAAGUCUGUGAAAACACA